ACGGAUGCAGUAGCAGCCGCAGAAGAAGAAGCAACAGUAGCAGUUUCCGGCGCUGCCAAACUGCGUUUUGUUUUGUGUUUUUGUCGUAUUAAAGUUGUUAAUGAUUAUUUCGAAGCAACAGAAGUGACUGACAAAAAAGAGGAGCGACUGUUAACCGUCUCGCAAACAUGAAGCUCAACAUUGAAGGUCUACUAGUGUAUUUUCCUUAUGACUACAUCUAUCCUGAACAGUACUCCUACAUGCUGGAGCUGAAGAGGACUCUGGACGCCAAGGGUCAUGGAGUCCUGGAGAUGCCAUCAGGAACAGGGAAGACCAUCUCCCUGCUGUCUCUUAUCGUUGCCUAUCAGAGGGUCUUUCCUUUGGAUGUGACCAAGUUAAUUUAUUGCUCCAGAACAGUUCCAGAGAUCGAAAAGGUUGUGGAGGAGCUGAGGAAGCUGAUGGAGUUUUAUGCCAAAGAAACUGGAGAGAGGAACAACUUCUUGGCUUUGGCUCUUUCCUCCAGGAAGAACCUCUGCAUCCACCCAGAGGUGAGCUCUCUACGCUUCGGUAAGGAGGUCGAUGGAAAGUGUCACAGUCUGACGGCGUCGUACAUCCGGGCACAGCGUCACAUUAACCCCAACCAGCCCGUCUGUCGCUUUUAUGAGGAGUUCGACGCCGUCGGUCGUCAGGUUCCUCUUCCAGCUGGAAUCUACAACCUGGACGACCUGAAGGACUUCGGCAGGAGGAAGGGAUGGUGUCCUUAUUACCUGGCUCGCUAUGCGAUCCUUCAUGCUAACAUCGUGGUCUACAGUUAUCACUACCUGCUGGAUCCUAAGAUCGCCGACCUGGUGUCCAAGGAGCUCGCCAAGAAAUCUGUGGUGGUGUUUGAUGAGGCUCAUAAUAUCGAUAAUGUUUGCAUCGACUCCAUGAGUGUGAACAUUACCAGACGAACACUGGAUCGUUGCCAGAACAACGUGGACACGCUGCAGAACACCAUCCAGAAAAUAAAGGAAACAGACGCCGCUAAGCUGAGGGAGGAAUACCGACGGCUGGUGGAGGGACUGAAGGAAGCCAACGUUGCCAGGGAGACGGACGUCUACCUUUCAAACCCGGUGUUACCUGAUGAAAUUCUUAAAGAGGCCGUCCCUGGUACGAUUCGAACAGCCGAGCACUUUGUUGGAUUCCUGAGACGUUUCCUGGAGUAUCUGAAGUCCCGUCUGAGGGUCCACCAUGUGGUGCAGGAGAGCGCCCCCCAGUUCCUCAAAGACAUCUUUGACAAAGUCUGCAUCGACCGCAAACCUCUCAGGUUUUGUGCAGAGCGUUUGCAUUCGCUGCUACGAACUCUGGAGAUCGCCGACAUCGCAGACUUCUCAGCUGUUACUCUCAUCUCCAACUUUGCUACCCUCGUCAGCACCUACAGCCAAGGUUUUACGAUUAUUAUUGAGCCCUUUGAAGACAGAACACCAACCAUCGCCAACCCGGUGCUUCACUUCAGCUGUAUGGAUCCAUCUAUAGCCAUCAAACCGGUUUUUCAAAGGUUUCAGUCGGUCAUCAUCACCUCGGGGACUCUCUCUCCUCUGGACAUUUAUCCCAGAAUCCUCGACUUUCGCCCCGUUACCAUGGCGUCCUUCACCAUGACGCUGGCUCGGACCUGCCUCUGUCCUCUGAUUGUCGGACGGGGAAACGAUCAGGUGGCUCUGAGCUCCAAGUUUGAGACCAGAGAAGACUUUGCUGUGAUUCGUAACUAUGGCAACCUGCUUCUGGAGAUGUCCGCCGUGGUUCCUGAUGGGAUCGUGGCGUUUUUCACCAGCUACGUCUACAUGGAGAACAUCGUGGCGUCGUGGUAUGAACAGGGCAUCCUGGAGAACAUCCAGAGGAACAAGCUGAUCUUCAUCGAGACUCAGGACGCAGCAGAGACCAGCAUGGCUCUGGAGAAAUAUCAGGAGGCUUGUGAGAACGGCAGAGGAGCCAUCCUCCUUUCUGUGGCCAGAGGAAAAGUGUCCGAAGGGAUAGAUUUCGUGCACCAUUUUGGCCGAGCAGUCAUCAUGUUUGGAGUUCCUUAUGUUUACACGCAGAGCCGCAUCCUGAAGGCUCGGCUGGAGUACCUUCGGGAUCAGUUUCAGAUCAGAGAGAACGACUUCCUGACGUUUGAUGCCAUGCGUCACGCAGCUCAGUGUGUGGGAAGAGCCAUCAGAGGAAAGACCGACUACGGACUCAUGAUUUUUGCUGACAAGCGUUACGCCCGAGCGGACAAACGUGGAAAACUUCCUCGCUGGAUUCAGGAGCACAUCAACGACGGCAGCCUGAACCUCACCGUGGACGAGACCGUGCAGCUCUCCAAGCACUUCCUGCGACAGAUGGCUCAGCCUUUCAGACAGGAGGACCAGCUGGGUCUGUCUCUGUUGACGCUGGAGCAGCUGGAGUCGGAGGAAAUGCUGCAGAAAAUCACUCAGAUUGCUCAUCAGACCUGAAGGUGACACACUCUGCUGCGUUACGUCGUCACCAUGGCAACGCCCGCAAUGGGGUCAUCGGCCGUUAACAAUAAUCAGAAGUGGGUCAAGUGGCAGAUACAACUUACAGAGUUCACUUUGGGCAGCGCAGACUUCCAGAUAGGCAGGAUUUAGGAGGUUAAACAAAACUACCUAAGAAGUUCUUUUCCUCUGUGUGGUAAACGUACCAUUACAGUAUUUAAAGUACAGGUUGGCUCAGCUGCCACUUAAAGCUAACAAGUACUAUUGAAAAGAAAACAGAAAUGUCAGCAGUAAUGAACAGUUUCCGUUAUUAUAAGUAAACUAAUACUUGAAUUAGUUCCCAGCGUUUCAACAGAUUGUGGCACUUAUUUUCAGUCGAGAAACAAGUCGCGCCGUUUUAAAAUUGUCCUCUUUUGAUAAGUUACAAACGGCAUCAGUGGGUCAACGUGUUGCAUCAGCUGCAGAAUCAUUCUUCCAUCUGUGGGUGUAACAUCGGUCCAAAUAGUGUCUGUCAUACAGACUAGACUACUGUAACUGUACAUAGUCGCAUUUUAUACUGAAUAUUUGUUUACCUGUGUUCCAACAAGGAAGAUGGACAAUAAAUGUUUGUAUUUAAUCA